GAGGGACAGAUCUGUGAAGUUGAGAUCUUUCUUUUUUUUUUUUCACUUUCUUCGUUGUCUUUCUCUGUCUACACGCUUGUGAGCUAGUAGUGUUAUGUUUCUGCGCCACUCUCUCUCUUUACUGUUUUCUCCUCACGGCAUAACUUUUUGCAAUCUUUUAGCUGAAGCUUAAUUUCACACCAAGUUGUUUCAAUUUCUAACUUUUUUGAUCUCUCUAUCUUUUUCCAAGAAGAAACCUCUUCUAAUAUAGAUUUCUGGGUCUAAAAACUUCUUUCUAUUUUUGGGCAUUGAUCUUUUAUUCUUAGGUUAGCUAUAGAUUGAAGGCAAAGAAACCUUUUUUUUUCUAAGAUUCUCUAGGUUUCCCUAAAUUUCUCAACUACUGCAAAAGAGUUUUGUUACGUUUCUUUAAUCUCGUGUUUUUUUAUCUUGACGACUUCAAAUUUUCAAUUUUUUUUUGCGUAAAUGGUGGUGAAGAUGAUGAAGUGGCGACCAUGGCCGCCGUUGGUGACGAGGAAAUACGAGGUGAAGCUUGCGGUGAAGAAGCUUGAGGGUUGGGAUCUGGUGCGUGAAGGUGUACCGGAGAAGGAGGAGAGGUUGACGGUGGAGAUUCGCUGGAAAGGACCUAAGGCGACAUUGGGAUCUUUAAGAAGGACGGUGAAGAGGAACUUUACCAAAGAGGCUCUGGGAGAAAGCGAUGUCGUUUCAUGGGAUGAUGAAGAGUUUCAGAGUUUAUGCUCUCUCACUUCUUACAAGGACAGUUUGUUUUAUCCUUGGGAGAUUGCUUUCUCUGUCUUCACCAAUGGAAUGAAGCAAGGAGAGAAGAAUAAAGCUCCUGUUGUUGGAACUGCAUUUUUGAAUCUUGCUGAGUACGCCCGUGUGACCGAUAAAAAAGAAUUUGAUAUAAACAUUCCUCUCCCGCUCUCUGCUUGUGUUGCCUCCGAGCCACAUCCAUUGCUCUUUGUAUCAUUGAGCCUGCUUGAGCUUAGAACCACUCCAGAAACAUCAGACUCGGCAGGACAGACUGCGGUUGUGCCUGUUCCUGUCCCUGUCCCUGUCCCGUCUCCAUCACCACAACAGCCUAGUGAAACACAGUCAAAUGAGAAGGAAGAUGUUUCUGCAAUCAAAGCUGGUCUAAGAAAAGUCAAGAUUUUUACAGAGUUUGUUUCUACAAGGAAAGCCAAGAAAGCUUGUAGGGAAGAAGAAGGCAGAUUCUCAAGCUUUGAAUCAUCAGAAUCACUUCAUGACUUCGAGACCGAUUUUGAUGAAGGCAAACAAGAUUUGAUGAGUGUGAGAAAAUCUUUCUCUUAUGGACCUUUGUCUUAUGCAAAUGGUGUGGGAACUUCUUUAAACUGUGGCGCCAAAGUCAGCGACGAAGACGAAGAUUGGGUUUAUUAUAGCCACAGGAAGUCCGACGUAGGAGCAGGUUGCUCGGACGCUGAAGAUCCCGCUGCUGGUUUGGUCUAUGAGACAUCACUUCUUCCACGGCGUAGCAUAUUGCCAUGGAGGAAGCGGAAGUUGAGCUUUAGGUCUCCGAAAUCCAAAGGAGAGCCUUUGUUAAAGAAGGAUAAUGGAGAAGAAGGUGGAGAUGACAUUGAUUAUGAUCGGAGGCAACUUAGCGCAGAUGAAGCUCAUCCUCUUUUUGGGAGCAAGAUUGAUGAAGAUUCAUAUGCGAAUCAGCGAUCUUCUUUCUCGGAGUUUGGAGAAGACAGUUUUGCGAUUGGAAGUUGGGAUGAGAAAGAAGUGAUAAGCAGAGAUGGACACAUGAAGCUUCAGACAAAUGUCUUUCUUGCUUCAAUCGACCAGAGAAGCGAGCGAGCAGCUGGCGAGAGCGCUUGCACCGCUCUUCCGAUCUAGCUCUUUCAACUCCUC